AUGGCGACUAACAACAAAUACAUUGCCGUGCCAAGCACGUAUGCAACAUCCCCGAACGCUCACAUUCGUAUCAGCAAUCAUCCCGGCACAGCUAAAGGCGUGACCCCGAUCCAAAUUGCGACGUUGAACCGACCUGACAAGCUGAAUGCUAUCACUAUCGACAUGAUCAACGACCUUACGAGGUUUGUUUCGACAAUCAAUGUUGAUGAUCGCGUUAAAGUUGUGAUCGUGACAGGCGCAGGAAAAGCAUUCUCGGCCGGCAUCGACUUGAGCAAUGAUACCAGCCAGUUCAACAAGGCGCCCGCAACAGAGGCACGAGAUCCGGGCGGUUGGCUGGCACUAGCCAUGUAUAACUGUCGCAAGACCAUAAUUGUGGCCUAUAAUGGCCUCUCCGUGGGGAUUGGCAUGACCUCGACGUUGGCGGCUGCGAUCCGAAUUGCUCCAGCGAAGGCCGAAUUCGGCUUUCCCUUUUCACGCAUCGGCCUCACAAUGGAGUCGUGUAGCUCCUUCUUUCUCCCAAGAAUGGUAGGACACAGUAAAGCAACAUAUCUGCUCGCGACCGGCAAGAGAUUCCCAGCUGAAUCGCAGCUUCUGGACGGCAUCUUCGCUGAACUCGUGCCAGAGCCGCAAGAUAUCAUGCCGAAAGCCAUCAGCAUCGCUGAGGAUCUUUUGGAGAACGUCAGCACUACGGCGACUCAUCUGAAUCGACAGCUAAUCUGGCGUGGCGAAGAUUCGGCCGAGAAGGCUCAUCUCGUAGAUAGCCCACUCUUGGUCGACCAGUUCGCGAGCAACGACCACCUUGAGUUCAAGAAGGCGUUCUUCGAGAAGCGCAAGCCGAUUUUCAAGGACACCAUCAAUGAAAACGCGCCCCGAACCUAUCCAUGGUGGACCGAGUGGUCGAUUUUGGGUCCGGCAAAAGCGCAGAAGUCUUCCAACCCGAGGCUUUGA